AUGGCGAAUCCCGUGAUGACCGUCUCCGAUUCCAAGGACCUUCGUGGCCUGAACCUCAUCGCUGCCCAUUCCCACAUUCGCGGCCUCGGUGUCGAUGCGACCUCUCUCGAGCCCCGAGCUGCUUCGCAAGGUCUGGUUGGUCAGGAGAAGGCGCGUAAGGCUGCCGCUGUCAUCCUCCAGAUGAUCAAGGAUGGCAAGAUUGCUGGACGCGCCGUCCUCAUUGCUGGUCCCCCAAGCACUGGAAAGACAGCCAUCGCCAUGGGUAUGGCACAGUCGCUCGGCCCCGACGUCCCCUUCACAUCCGUCGCAUCAUCCGAAAUUUUCUCUCUCGAGAUGUCCAAGACCGAAGCCCUGACGCAGGCCUUCCGAAAGUCCAUUGGUGUACGCAUCAAGGAGGAGAGUGAGAUUAUGGAGGGAGAGGUUGUCGAGAUCCAGAUUGACCGCAGUGUCACCGGCGCCACCAAGCAGGGCAAGCUGACCAUCAAAACGACCGACAUGGAGGCUGUAUACGAUAUGGGUAGCAAGAUGAUUGACGCGAUGACCAAGGAGCGUGUCAUGGCAGGAGACAUCAUCUCGAUCGACAAGUCCUCCGGCAAGAUCACCAAGCUCGGCCGAUCCUAUGCUCGUUCUCGCGACUACGAUGCUAUGGGUGUCGAUACCAAGUUCCUACAGUGCCCCGACGGCGAGCUGCAGAAGCGCAAAGAGGUCGUCCACACAGUUACUCUCCACGAGAUCGAUGUCAUCAACUCGAGAACACAGGGAUUCCUCGCCCUCUUCUCUGGCGACACUGGAGAAAUCCGCAGCGAGAUCCGAGACCAGAUCAACACCAAGGUGGCUGAAUGGAAGGAGGAGGGCAAGGCCGAGAUUGUCCCCGGUGUUCUCUUCAUCGACGAGGUCCACAUGCUCGACAUUGAGUCGUUUGCCUAUGUCAACCGAGCCCUCGAGGACGACCUGGCCCCCAUUGUCAUUAUGGCCAGCAACCGCGGAAACUCCCGUAUCCGUGGUACCGACUAUCGCAGCCCCCACGGUCUGCCUCUCGAUUUCCUCGAUCGCAUUGUCAUCAUCAACACUCACCCUUACUCUCCCGAGCACAUUAAACAAAUUCUGAACAUCCGAGCCCAGGAAGAGGAGGUCGACCUGUCCCCCGACGCCCUUGCCCUACUCGCCAAGAUUGGCCAGGAGACCGGUCUGCGAUACGCAAGCAACCUGAUCACCACUUCGCAGCUCCUCGCUGCCAAGCGCAAAGCCAAGCAGGUCAGCGUCGAGGAUGUGCAGCGAAGCUUCAACCUCUUCUACGACCCUGCCCGCAGUGUCAAGUUCGUCGCAGAGUCCGAGAAGCGCCUGAUUGGCAAUGACGGCGCCGUGGAUUUCACCGUCACUAACGGCAGCGGCGAGACCAUGGAUUUGAGCUAG